CACAACACAGCCCACCCAAUCACGCCUUGGCGCAUGUCCGUUUCCGUACUCCCUUCAUGACGUAGUUUAGCUGCGACGGCCCAUGCUGUAGCUUCUGCGAAUUGCGAUAGACCAGUUGCAUAUUGACGGUGGAAGUACUCAUGCUAGAAUGUCCCUGUUUGUUAUCAACAGAUACCUUGGAGAUGAGGUGACUACAUCUGAAGAUCGUUCCAAAGCCCUGUUACAGAAAUUGCAUGAACAGGCUAAGGAUAGGCAGCAACAGAGACAGCACCCAAAAGCGAAGGCUUCUCCAAAAGAUGACCAUGUCGAAGAAACAAACACAAAACCCAGCAUAAAUGAAACCCUAAGGAAAACUAAAAAAAGAAAGAAAAAACAAGAGGAGGAAGAAGAAGGUGAAUUGAAGAGUCCUAGUGAUGAGAAUGAACAGGACAGUGGGCAACAGGAAGCUACAUGUAUUAAAGAAAAAAAACAGACCAAGAAGAAGAAGAAGCUUAUAGCGGAGGAAUGCAAUGAAGUCAUAGAGCACAUAUCUAAAAAUAAUGAAGGCAGCAUGGCAGAGGAACCUGGUGGGGCAAAAGUAACCUCAUCAGACCCUAGUUCCAUUCUCCUUGGGGGGUUUGAACCCAAGUCUGUAGAGAAGGUUUUGCCAGUUCUGCCGCAAUGGCUGGCUCAGCCAAGUCUAGUACAGAAGAAUAUUAAACAGAACUUAGUUCCCAUUCAUGAUAUCCAUUGUUUGCACCCUAAAGUGCUGAAAAAGCUAGAAGCCAAUAAGGUGAAAUAUCUUUUUCCAGUUCAGGCUGAAGUUAUCCCCGCCAUUCUGGACAGCACCUGCCAUGGUUUCUUAUUGGGUAAGGGUGGAUACCGUCCCAGUGAUGUUUGUGUAUCUGCACCUACAGGAAGUGGAAAGACCUUGGCAUUUGUUAUCCCUAUAGUUCAGGCUCUGCUACAGCGAGUAGUGUGUGAAGUGAGAGCACUUGUUGUGUUGCCUACCAAAGAGCUGGCCCAGCAGGUCUGUAAGGUAUUUAACACUUACGUGGAUGGUAUGGGACUGAAAGUGGUAAUGGUAACAGGGCAGAAAUCUUUCCUUAAAGAGCAGGAAUCUCUUAUACACAAAACAGCAUUUGGCUUUUGCAGCCUGGCAGAUAUUCUUGUGUGCACCCCAGGAAGGCUUGUAGAUCAUAUUCAGCAAACAGAAGGCUUUAACCUGAGACACCUUCGGUUCUUGGUUAUAGAUGAAGCAGAUCGAAUGAUUGACAGCAUGAAUCAGGAUUGGCUCAGUCAUGUUACCAAAGCAGUGUUUCAAGUGGUGGCUGAUUCCCCCAAUAUGCUUUUUACCAGGAAAGAGCCUGGAAUACUCACAGCAGCCAGCUCCUGCCUUCCCCAGACUCCUCUACAGAAACUGCUCUUCUCAGCCACUCUAACCCAGAACCCGGAGAAACUAAAACAGCUGGGCCUGUAUCAACCCAGGCUCUUCACCUCCAAGCAAAAGGGAACGUCAGAUGAUUCCUCUGAAACACAAAUGGAAUCAAGUACAUCAGGGAAUUUUUCCCUUCCAGAGGGACUUACGCAUUAUUAUAUUCCCUGCAACCUCAAUUCAAAGCCUCUUAUCCUUCUGCACUUCCUCUUGUCUCUUCGUUUCUCCCGUGUCCUUUGUUUCACAAACUCAAGGGAUGCCUCCCACCGCCUAUAUCUGCUGGUCCGCAGCUUUGGAGGAAUCAGUGUGGCAGAAUUUUCCUCUCGCCUUAGUCCAGGGGAGAGGAAGAAGACCCUGAAGGAAUUUGAGCAGGGGAAAGUUCAGCUGUUGAUCAGCACCGAUGCAACAGCUAGAGGAAUUGAUAUCAAGGGAGUCAAAUGUGUGAUAAACUAUGAUGCGCCACAGUUCAUUCGGACAUAUGUUCAUAGGGUGGGUCGAACAGCUCGUGCAGGGAAAGCUGGCCUAGCAUUCACAAUGCUGCUGAAAGUGCAGGAAAACCCCUAUUUCAGUAUGUUGAGGGAUGCGGGCGCCCCAGAAAUGCAAAAGCAACUGGUGAAGAGUGAGAAUCUGAAGCAAUAUGAGCAGCGAUACGAAGAGGCUCUGAUUGAGUUACAGCGAGCAGUCAAGAAUGAGAGAGCUCAGAAGAGAUCCUAAGACUUGGAAUAGCUCUAUGACAUAAAACUCCUCUUCCUCUUGGAGAAAGCUAGCUGCUGACUGUCCUGGAUUCACUGACCCUAUAGUCCAGGGAUCCCCAACCUUUUAUACCCGUGAGCCACAUUCAAAUGGAAAAAUUUAUGGAGAGCAACACAAGCAUGGAAAAACAUUCUGAAGCUGUCAAUUAGAGCUAUAAUUGGCUAUUUGAUAGCCCCUGUGUUGACUGACAGCCUACAGAAGGCUUUGUUGGGCAAUUACACUGGGCUUUUAUGAAACCAAAGCUUGCCUCCUAACCAGAAAUUGAAAAACGAGCAACUGCUUUGAGGCCACUGGGAGCAACAUCCAAGGGGUUGGGGAGCAACAUGUUGCCCCUGAGCCACUGGUUGGGGAUCACUGCUAUAGUCAGUAGUGCUGGAGCUAAGCUGCCAACACCCCUAUAGACCUGUUCAGCUACCAGGCCCUAAAUCAUUCAGCCAGUUAACAAGUAUUGCUCCUGGUGAGCUUGUCCUUUUUGUAUUUGCCUUCAUCCAGAGCCAAGUAGGGUGUCACAAGUCCCAGAAAAAUGGGAAUCCAGGUGACUGAAGGAGUUUGCGUAAGCAAAUAAAUACAUUUUUAUUUAUUUAAACUG